GCGUGCGCAGAAGGCGUCGGAGGCGCAUGCUCCCUGGCGGUUCCGGUGCCCAACUCUGGCGCCGGCGCUGGCCUUCUCCGCGCGCGCACACUCUGGGCCGGGCUGCAGGCAUGGCGGCCAGUCUGUGGAUGGGCGACCUGGAGCCCUACAUGGAUGAGAAUUUCAUCUCCAGAGCCUUUGCCACUAUGGGGGAGACUGUGAUGAGCGUCAAAAUUAUCCGAAACCGCCUGACUGGAAUCCCAGCUGGCUACUGUUUUGUAGAAUUUGCAGAUUUGGCCACAGCUGAGAAGUGUUUGCAUAAAAUUAAUGGGAAACCCCUGCCAGGAGCCACACCUGCAAAACGUUUUAAACUAAACUACGCCACUUAUGGGAAACAACCGGAUAACAGCCCUGAGUACUCCCUCUUUGUGGGGGACCUGACCCCAGAUGUGGAUGAUGGCAUGCUGUAUGAAUUCUUCGUCAAAGUCUACCCCUCCUGUCGGGGAGGCAAGGUGGUUUUGGACCAGACGGGCGUGUCAAAGGGCUAUGGUUUUGUGAAAUUCACAGAUGAACUGGAACAGAAGCGAGCUCUGACCGAGUGCCAGGGAGCAGUUGGCCUGGGAUCAAAACCUGUGCGGCUGAGUGUGGCAAUCCCCAAAGCAAGCUUGUGGCUGGGGCAGAGCGACGACCUGCGAGGGCAGAUUCAUUCAGACGUUGCCGGUAGCAGCCCUGGGAAAGCAGCAUGUCCUGCGUACUUAAUGUUCCUGCUCUUUGCCCGGAGCCGUGUGAAGCCAGUGGAGUACAGUCAGAUGUACAGUUACAGCUACAACCAGUAUUACCAGCAGUACCAGAACUACUACGCCCAGUGGGGCUAUGACCAGAACACAGGCAGCUACAGCUACAGCUACCCCCAGUACGGCUACACGCAGAGCACCAUGCAGACAUAUGAAGAAGUCGGGGAUGACGCCUUGGAAGACCCCAUGCCACAGUUGGACGUGGUGGAGGCCAACAAGGAGUUCAUGGAGCAGAGUGAGGAGCUAUAUGACGCCUUGAUGGACUGUCACUGGCAGCCCCUGGACACCGUAUCCUCGGAGAUCCCUGCCAUGAUAUAGUCGGGACAGAGGAGCCGCUGACACAGACUGUGAUGGAGAGAGACUCCUUUUUUAACAGAAGUGCUGGAAGAACUUUUACCUUUUUGGAAAUGUUUUGUAAAGGUUUUAGUAAUCAA